AUGGAGGAGCAACCACCAGCUCCAAACAUGGAAAAUCAGGAAGGGUUACAAGAAGAAGAGGAGGAGGAGAUCUUAUCUCACCUAGGGGAUCCAUCAGUAGAUUUUUCAAGCCUCAACGAGGUUUUAGCAAAAUUAUUCUGUUUUUUCUUGUUUUUCAUUUUGGGAAUCACCAAGUUUAGUGUUAGUGUAGGAAUUUGCAGAGAAAAUGAGCAACAAGCAUUGGAGAGUCUCAAGAAAGAAGUAUAUGAUCCCUCAGAUUCUCUCUCCUUUUGGAUUGUUGGAAAAGAUUGUUGUGAAUGGAAAGGGGUUGUGUGCCACAAUCUGACUCGUCAUGUGAUUGAGCUACACAUAUAUGGGUUUUUUGGAUAUCUAAGGAUCAAUAACCUUGAGUGGCUGCCAAGUCUUUUAAAUCUUGAAAAUCUAGAGAUUGAUUAUGUGGAUCUCAGCAAAGCAACUAACUGGCUACAGGUCAUUAACAAGCUUCCUUCUCUUGUUGAUCUUAGUUUAUAUAAUUGUAGUCUUCAUCAUAUACCACCUCUACUUAAUCAUAAUUUUUCUUCACUUGAAACACUCGACCUUUCUAGGAAUAACUUUAGUUCUUCUAUUCCCAAAUGGGUUUUCAAUCUCCCUAGUCUUGUUUCUCUUGAUUUGAGUGAUAGUAAUUUAAUCGGCCCAUUUCCUAAAGGUCCUGUUAACUUUACUUCUCUCAUGACCUUCAUGGCGGGUUUCAACUCUUUCAAUUGUCUUUUACCCGGAUGGUUGUUUGAUCUUAAUAAUCUUGAAUAUCUUGGGCUUAUAUCCAGUGGUAUUAAAGGUGCGAUGCCGAGUGGGGCUGGCAACGUAACAAAACUUAAAAAUCUUGAUCUUACAUUCAAUAAUAUUGAGGGGGAACUAUCUGAAUUAUUUAAUGAUAGGAAUAAUUUUCUUCCAGCGGGAUUGAGAAAUAGCUUUUCUUUGACGGAAUUGUAUCUAGGAAAUAAUAAACUGACUGGAACUCUCCCAAAAAGUCUUGGCCAACUCACAAUGCUAGAAAUUAUUGACAUUUCUAACAAUAGGUUGGAAGGUGUCGUAACAGAAAGUCAUUUCACCAACUGCACACAAUUAAGACAGUUCUUUGCAUCUAACAAUGAUCUAACUUUAAAAGUGAGUCGGAACUGGAUUCCACCUUUUCAAGCCAUAGAUAUUGAUAUAGCCAACUGGAAUAUAGGUCCUCUAUUUCCCAUGUGGCUCCAAACUCAAAAGAAUAUAAAUAGUGUGGACAUAUCAAAUGGUGGAAUACAAGGUGAGGUUCCAACUUGGUUUUGGAACUUAUCUUCUCAAAUUCAAUUACUUGAUAUUUCUCACAACCAAUUUAUUGGUGAGGUUCCAACCAUCUCAACACCUUCUUGGUCACCUAGACAAGCUUAUUGGUUAAUGUACUUGGAUUCCAACAAUUUCAGUGGUCUGCUACCUCAGAUUUCACCCAAUGUAACUGUGAUAGACCUCUCGAACAAUUUCUUUUCAGGGGGUUUAUCUCACUUCUUGUGUGAAACAAAUAAGAGCAGAUCCUACAAAUUGGAGGUCUUAAACCUCGAGGGAAAUGAUUUGUCAGGAGUAAUUCCUGAUUGUUGGAUGAACUGGCCAGAGUUGAAAGUUAUAAUCUUGAGGGACAAUAACUUGAUUGGGGGCAUACCAAGAUCCAUGGAGGUUUUAAAUAACUUGAUAUCCUUGGACUUCCGAAAAAAUAGACUUACCGGUCCAUUGUCUUCAUCAUUGGAAAACUGCACAAAAUUGCAGAAGAUAGAUAUAGCUGAGAAUGAGCUUGAUGGACAGUUACCACCAUGGUUGGGAACGAGGCUUUCAUAUUUAAUAAUCCUUAGCCUUAGCUCAAACAAAUUCUAUGGUGAAUUGCCUCUAGAAAUUUGUCACCUCAAAGAUCUUCAGAUCUUAGACCUUGCAAACAAUAGUUUCUUUGGAAUUAUACCAAGGUGUAUUAGCAAUCUAACAGAAAUGGUCUCCGUAAAUAAGUUGGGGGAAACUGAUAUUAUUUAUUCUUCUCAUUAUUUUGAAGCACGUUUUAGAGAAAGCGCAAUGGUGACAACUAAAGGCAAUAUUUACCAGUAUGAUAAAAUAUUGGCAUUGGUUACAAGCAUGGAUAUGUCUAACAAUAAUCUCUCUGGAGAUAUUCCUAUAAGUUUUACCAGUCUUGUAGGAUUGAAAUUCUGUAAUUUCUCAAAAAAUCAUCUGACAGGCAAGAUCCCAAAUGGCAUUGGUGACAUGAAAGUGCUGGAAUCCCUUGAUCUUUCAGAAAAUCAACUUUCUGGUCAAAUCCCGCAAAGCUUUUCGAGUUUGUCAACUUUGAGCUUCUUGAAUCUAUCUUAUAACAAUUUGUCAGGGAAGAUACCUGUGGGCACUCAACUUCAAAGCUUUAAUUCCUCGAGUUUCCAAGGAAAUGAACUUUGCGGGCUUCCACUCUUGGCAAACUGCAGUUCAAGUGGUCGAAUUCCUGAUGUUGAUAUUGAAAAGGAUGAGAGUGAUGAAGAUGAACUGGAUUGGUUCUACAUUUCAAUGGCAAUAGGAUUUGGUAUUAGCUUUUGGGGAGUAUGUUCUUGUUUGCUUUUCAAGAGAUCAUGGAGACAUGUCUAUUAUCGUUUUUUAGAUAGUUGUUGGGAAUCCUUGUGUGUAAAGUUACAAAUAUGGGGAUGGAUAUGA